GCUAUGAUCCGAGAGGGGAUAUAGAAUCAGGUGAAGUGUUGUGCGCAGGUGCAAUGGUAUAUGGAGCACUGACCCUGUAUCCGAAUGCUUGAGAGCUUUUGUGGUGCAGCGGGAAAGUCGUCCCCAGUCCAACAGGUGCAUGAGUCAAUCCAAAGUUCGAGUCUCGAUGGGGACAGUGAAAUAUCGAAUGCUGCUGUCGCGAAGGCUCGGGGUCACAGGCAUGGGUCAACGAUAGAUCUCCAUGUAGACCUCAGGAAGCUAGGCGCAGUGUUGAUAGACGCAAAGCUAUGAUCCGAGAGGGGAUAUAGAAUCAGGUGAAAUGUUGUGCGCAGGUGCAAUGGUAUAUGGAGCACUGACCCUGUAUCCGAAUGCUUGAGAGCUUUUGUGGUGCAGCGGGAAAGUCGUCCCCAGUCCAACAGGUGCAUGAGUCAAUCCGAAGUUCGAGUCUCGAUGGGGACAGUGAAAUAUCGAAUGCUGCUGUCGCGAAGGCUCGGGGUCACAGGCAUGGGUCGACGAUAGAUCUCCAUGUAGACCUCAGGAAGCUAGGCGCAGUGUUGAUAGACGCAAAGCUAUGAUCCGAGAGGGGAUAUAGAAUCAGGUGAAGUGUUGUGCGCAGGUGCAAUGGUAUAUGGAGCACUGACCCUGUAUCCGAAUGCUUGACAGCUUUUGUGGUGCAGCGGGAAAGUCGUCCCCAGUCCAACAUUUACUAGUCCUCUGCUAGACUAAGGGCAGCGCAGCCGCUCUAUUUAUGUCCUCAACCUGCUUGCGUGUCAGUUUAGGCCCCUGACCGUCGCAUUAUCGAUGAGCUCCUGAAACAAUCAAUGUCU